UGAAACGAGCAGCUGUUAAAAAUAUUUAAUAGUCAAAUUUUCAUUGUCAAAAUUGUCCAGCAUUCAAAAAACCCGUAGAAGCUUUCUAUUUUCGUUCGUGUGUCUAAUGCCUGUGCAAUCAGCUGUGGUCCUGUGAACAGAAAAUAUAAAGUUUCUUUGGGGCGAUACCAUAUUCUUUGUGAAAGAACGAUCCCACAUACGAUUCCUCAACGUUUCUUUGGACCAUGUGCAUGAAAGCUCAGCGUUCCUGUUGCAAGCCGAGAUCCUGUUGCAACCAGGGAUCCUGCUGCGGACCAUGUGGCCCCUGCUCCGCUUGCUCGUGUGGCUGUGCCACCUGCUGUACCUUCUGCUCUGGGAUAUUCCCCGAAACAUGCUGCGGCCCGUGGUGUGAGUCCUGUCUGGAUCCUUCCUGGUUCUCCUGGCUGGCCCCCAAUACCCACCGAGCCUGCUGCUGUGCCUGUCGGCCAAAGUGCUGCUGAAAAACUUCAUUUUGUGGACCUGGGAAGUCCGUAAUGUGUAUAUAAAAAUAAAAACACAUCUAAAUAACUUCAACUUUAUAAGUAUUAUAUUUUAGCAAUUAAAUUAAGUCAAAAUAGUUUUAAUA